UACAGUCUGUGAACGGACGCGAUUAAGAACGCGCGCAUUUUGUAAAACGAGUGCUGUCUCGAAAUAUCGUUCGAUACAUUCCUAGCUGAUUUAAAAAAAGAACGUUAAAUAAUAAUAUAUAAUGUUUAGGAAACCUAAAAAAAUGGCGUCUUCAGUGAGCUUUGUGAUUGUGUUAUUUUGUAUACAACAAGUUUUCGCAAUUGAUUGUUGGAAUAGUAAUAUAGAAGAUAUUAAAAAUUGUGACGACUGUAUCAGAUGUGGUGGUGAAUGGUGUAAAAAACCAAAAAUUAAAGGGGACUACCAAUGCUUAAAAUCUCCUGCCGACGACUGGUGCCCCGGUUAUAAAGAAACACCAUCAUCCAAUGGUCGGUUACCACGCACGGUCGAGGGGACGGGCAUCAAUCCUAUAUAUAAAGAGGCCUCAACAAACAUUAACGCCCGCAAUUCUGAGAAAUUUGUAUAUAACUCGACAUCCGAGUUAAACGUGAACGUAGACAUUAAUUCCACGCAAAACAACGUUACAAUACAAAAAAAUAUUCAGAAAAGUGGUGUCAAUGAAUACUCCAUAACGCUAAAGUUUACGGCAGAGACGGACUUUUGUUCUAGCAAUUCAACCACUGAUGAGUUUUUCGUAGCAAAGAUUCACGUAGAUACCGUGGAAAAAGAUGCCUACAUGAAGUACUAUGUGCCAUGUGCUUGCGAAUGCAGUAAGACAACAGAGACGAACUCAGAAAUUUGUAACGGAAAUGGAGAUUAUUCGUGCGGCAUUUGCCAAUGUCAUGAUGGAUGGAGCGGUGAUUACUGCGACAAACCCGAAUGCAAAGCCCGCGGUGAUAUCGCCUGCAAGCAUCCGUUGAGGACAGAGGAUUGUUCAGGCAACGGAAGGUGCGACGCUUGUGGCUGCGUGUGUGAUACAGACAAAGAAGGUUCUCAAUACUUCGAUCAAAGUAACUUUUGCGCCGACCUGUGCCUGAACGCUUACGAAUGUGAUAGCUGCUUCGACAAGCCCGCUGGCCGGUGUCCCGACUGUCACUCCAUAGUCAUGAAGACUUAUAACGAAUCCUUGAUGGCGGAAACUGAUGAAUACGGAAGGAAUGUAUGGGUGAAAUGUAACGACAUAGUUGAUGACUGCAAUUACCAUUACGUAGCCAGUAAGGAUAAGAACGACAUUAUACUGAUGGUGAUAGAUUCAUGUAAACCAAUCGCCGCUGGUGUCACUCAAGGUGUUAAUGUAACACUGCCUCUCGUGUUGGUCGGUGUGGCGCUGGUUUGUGCGGCAGCGGGCGCGGCAUAUAUGAUUAUGAGAAAUCGGGCAGCACCGAUGCCACCUACCAGCGCCCAGUACCAAGAGCUGGACGGGCCCAAAACCAGAGUGGAAGAGAACCCCACAUACAAGUCGCCCACUACUUCGUAUAACAAUCCGUUGUGGAGACAGAAGGUGUAGUUUUCGUGUUACUUUCUGGCUGAUUCAUCGAGUGGACGAGCAUGGGAUCAUAAAUUUAAAGGUCGAUAUGAAAGAACUAUCGAAUACUUUGAAAUGUCAUUUACACGAUCCCCAAAUGCGGCCCUGUCGACCGCUGCCCAUUCCAACACUGCCUGUGAUCCAACACCACGAUAUUAUGAUGAAGAAAUUGCAUUCGUCCGGUGUUCGUGUCACAAAACUAGAUUACGUUAUACCUACAUAAAUAUAUACUAUGUAUCGUGUAAGUGUGUAUGUAACGCUCUGUGAUAUUUAAGAAGAUUAAGUAAGAAUGACUCAUCGCCCAACGUAAGUUAUUUGAUCAGUACAUCAUUUCAUAUAAACACUCCAUCACUAUGCAGAAUGUUGACAAACAGACAGCGUGUCUAUUCAUUUCAAUAGAUGGCACGUGUUUAUGAUAUCAUUAUUACAAUUUCCAAAGUUACCAUUAUAAAACUGGAAAGUAUACAAAAAAACUGAUUGAUACAAUGAUUUGCAGUUAGAGUGAAAGCAUCUAGAAAGUAGGAUAGUUGUAGUAAAUUAUAUUGAUGUGUGGGUGUUACAAUAUGCAGCCGUGGGCACGAUGAUUCUGAGAGCCGGACACCAACGGCACAUGAAUAACGGGUUUUUUCAACUCCAAGACAUAAUUUACUUAGGCAGAGCUAGAAUAAAAUUAAUUGAAUAACAAUGACUCGGUUUCCUUCCCCUUUUUUUCUUUACUUAACAAUAUGUUUCGGGUUCUAAUAUUGACUCUGUCUUAUUAUUUAUGUUAGCAUUUUUAUAUUAAUUUGCCAUAUCAGCAAACAAGUUCCUAUGAAAGAUAAAUUAUGAGAAAUUAUUUGUUUAUGUUUUAGUGGAUAUUUUUAGGCAUAAUAUUUGGUAAUCUUUCUCAUAUUUAUUGUAUAUUUAUAGACGAUUGUUAUUGCUUUUUGGCAUUGGUGCACCAAAGUAUAUUAACAGUAUUUAAUCAAAAAGUAUUAGCAAAAUAUAACAUCAAUCGAUAUUUUUUAAAACAUAUUACGAAAGUAUGAGGAGAGACUUGUAGCAACUGCAUUUUUUUUUAUUUGAUAAUUUUUGAUAUAAACGUGCCUAAUUAGCAUCGAUAUAAACGGUUAUUGUUAAAUAACUAAUGUAUUAUAGUCGUAGUAGUAUGUCUUUUAGUUUAGUAAUUAUAAAGUAUCGUCAUACUAAUGUACUCUUAUAUGACUUUUUGUGUUAUAACUGUGUUUUAAGAAAAUACAUUCAUAUGUAUUAUAUUAUUUACUAACUUAAGUAGGCUGUUUUAAGAUGAUUUAUAGCGUUUCAUAUUGAUAAAUAUUGUAAUGCCUAAUUAUUAAGGAUAAAAAACGAUUAUGCGAAAAACUUUAUUUAAGCGAUGCGAUUUUAAUAAAACUGCUUAUCUGUAUAAUCAAUCCAUGAAAAAGGAAUAAAAUUCCUAGUGUUGAUUAGCAGGUAGUUAUAUAGUUUUAUUGACCAACAAACAAUGUACUUACUUCAUACAACAAUUCUAGGUACCUAUCUUGUUAUUUAUUUGUCAGUGGUAGAGACAUUAUAGGAAAACAACUAUAUAUGUAUAUAUAUAACCAAAAACGUAACGCUUAAGGAAAAUACACUUCUGUUAUGAUAUUUUUUUUUCAAAGAAGUACAUUUUGGGCAGAGUAUGAGUUAUUUUUUGCAACAGUGUGGAUAUAUCUUAUGUUCAUUUAUUGAUAUUUUUCGAUGAAUUGAUAAAAUGAAGGAAAAGUAUGUUUCGUAUACUAGUAUGUUAGUAGAUUCUUAUACAAUCGGCCUGUCACAUACAUCAACUUAAUUGUCAGAAAUACACAAAUGCUACUUUUAAAUAUAAGUUGGGUACCUAAAUUCGAAUUACACAAAUAUAUAAUUAGUAUAGAAGUAAUUGUAUUUUUUAUUAAGAUACCUUUAUUUCACGGUCUUAUAAUACAUAUGUAUAUACUGCGAUAAAUAGAAAGAACCAACCCGAAAACCUAGCACCAGUUUAUGAAACUGAAUGUAUCAGUUAUAAUUGUAACAACAAAUUGAACAAAAAUCACCUUUUAUAUUUAAUGAUUCAUUAUUUUUAUAUUUAUCCCAUUAUCCUUGUUAAUAAUGAACUUUGUGUACCAUCCACUAAUUUAAUUGCUUCGGGUUGUAUACCCUCUAGGAGGUACUUAUAUGGUCAGAAAUAGUUACACUAGUAUAUUUAUAUUAUCUAAUUAAUAACCUUAUAGAUUAGGAACAUUCAUUAGACCACAUAAGGCCUACGCUUUUGUAAAUAUAUCAUAGACACAUACUUAAUAUCUCAAAGCUUAUGAAUGUAAUGUAGAGAUGUUGUGCAUAAUUGUAUUAUAAUGUAACUAACUUGAAUUAUAUCUGUUAUUUGUAAUUAUUAUUUAAUUCACUACAUGAUAAACGAUUCAUCGCCUAUUUUAUGCAAUUGUAAAUGUGUAAACCUACGUAAUUAUUCGAUGCUAAUUUAUAAUUCUUUAGUGAACUGCUAAUAGCAGGGGUUUAAAUUCAAAAACUCUUUCAGGUACUAUAUUGGUUUUGUUCAUUCAUAUUCAUCAGAUUGCGCGUGGGCAAGUGUGUGCGAAUACUCUUUUGGGUGGUCCUGCUUCGUUUACAUUUCUUAUUGAAUAGAAAUUAGAAACAUUACAGAUAUCAUUAUCAGUUUUAUGUUUGUGCAUAAAUUUUAAAGUUUUAUUUUUAAUGUAUAAUUGUGUAUAAUUUUUCCACAGUUGGUUACAAGUGUGCACAUUAUAUAAACAGAUACUAUGAUAUUAUUUAUGAGCUCCCGAUAUUUCAAAACUUAUUAAUGACCUGAUCACUGGAAUCGUGCUCAUUAAUUUUAAUAUCAUUGCAAAUAUCCCGUUUAUAUCGUGUAUACAAUUGUAUAAAUUUUGUUAUGUGAUUAUUAUUGUCUGGAACAAUUAUAUAUUAUACUUCUAAUAAAUCAUAUAACCAAGCGUACACACAUCACAAAUGUACCUAGUAAAUUAUCUAAUGUAUCUCGUUAUACUUUAUCGUAAUGGUAAUGCAAUAAUUAUAAUCGUAAUGUUAAUGAGCUUCGACAACGUACAUUAAUCAUUUAUAUUUUUGUACAUUUAUAUCUGAAUAAUUUUUAAGCUAGUCAAUAAAACUUCGA